AUGACGACUCAGCCUUCGACCAGUACUUAUGUUUGUUUGACAUGCUCUGGGAAGUUUGAGAGCAAGUCUGAAAUACAAAAACACUUGUCAACCACAAGACAUAAGUCUGUGAGGAUUUGCGACCUUGACGAAGUAUUGGAAUGUGAGGAAUGCUCAGAUUGCAAUGUACAUCAAUUGGCUAUUGUAAGGUACGGGUUGAAUGACAUGUCUUUAUUAUGUAAUUUGUGUUUAGAAAAAUCUAAUGCUGAAAGUGACGAACGACCCUCGGUAAAUUAUAGCUUAUCCAAUGGUGCAUUAUUUCUCAAAUUGGAUCAAUAUCUCAAAUUCCGAGAUAUCGAAUGUGCCCGGUGUGGAAGCGACGCUGAUUUGUAUGUGGGAAAUACCUCUUCUGCUGGUCAAAUUAUAUUGUGCAAAAACUGUUUGGCUAAUUACGAGUCCCAGAAUAUCAAGUUUGUGAGUGAAAAUGAUGAUGAAUUCUUGUCUGAAUUAUUGGGCAUCAAAGAUUUUGUGGCCAAAGCGACUUCACAAAGAGGAGGUGGAAGAAGAGGAGGUGGAAGGGGAAGAAAAGCUUCUAGUAGAAGACCAGUUAGAAGACCGAAAAAGGAGGAUCCAGAUGCCGAGGCUCGUCGAUUACAUUACCAGAUGUCGAAGCAGAGUGCCAGCGAAAUAAAGGCAGGGUCGACAGUUAAGGCAAUCGGGUCUACGACUAUUAGAAAGCUUAAUGAGGAAACCUCAAGCAAAGGGAAAGAAAGGACUACCAAAGCUGUUACUAGUAAGACAUUCUCGAGCAAGACUGGGAAAGACAGUAAAAAGAGCACUUUCAAAAAGGGAGCAAUUGUUGAAAAAAUUCUGACUCAUAAAAGCGAACCGAAUAUAACUGUGAAAAAAGACAAUGGACUGACAAAGUCGCAGAGUAAAGGACUGAAAGAACAGGAAGAUGCAAAAAAUAAUAUUAAACAUAUUCUUGUAAAGAACGGUCAAUCUAGUAAUGGUAGAAACUCAGCGUUAGAUUCCAAAGAGUCCAGUAAGUCCCAGAAUCUUACAAGUUCAAGAGGAGUCGGUGUCGAGAAAAAACGCAUUACUUCAAAGUCUACUUCCAAAUCUACGUCAAAGUCUAAUUCUAAGUCUGCUUCAGAUUCUGCUUUCAAAUCUGCUUCAAAGUCUACUCCCAAAUCUACGUCAAAGUCUACUCCCAAAUCUGCUUCAGAUUCUACUCCCAAAUCUACUUCAAAAUUUACUUUAAAAGAAGGGCAACAGAACGCGGUUCUGCAAACACAGGAUAAUGACCUAAUCCUUCCACCUUAUAUUACAAAAUAUCAUCCUUCCCCGACUUUAAAGCUAAGCUAUGCUAAUAUAGAGGAAUACUUUCGCGAAAUGAGUUUUAACGUCUUCUUGGAAGAUCAACUUACUAAUGUGCUGAAUAUAAUUGAGCCACAAGAUUUGGUGAUUGAAUGGUAUGAAGAUCAAGAUAAAAAGAAUAACCAAUAUAAAGUUAGUAUACCCAUGACACCCGAAGUGAUUAAUCGAUUUAUUUCAGAUCGUAUGAAAAAAGUAAAAAAGGAUCCAUUCAUGAAAGACCAGGCGAUGUUUUUAAUCUUAAAUGAUGAGAUACCGUGGUACGGGAGAGUUGCUACAGUGGAUGAAAUGAAAAGCGGGAAAAACAAGCUGAAAAGAAAAGCUGGAGCUGAUUACGUUUCUCUUGUAAUCACUUUGUAUCGGUGGAAUAAUCAGCCUUUGCCCAAGACAGUUCAUGCUCAACACUUGAAACUCUUACCGGCAUCUGUUCCCGUGAGUAGAAUUCUCAAUGCCAUGGAGAGCCUUUCUAACCUCAGUUUUAUUAAAAUGUUGUUGGGCAAGGAGCCAAUAAAACAAAUCUACUUCAAUAAUAGAGUUAAUUUUUCAACCAAUUUGAAUGAUUCACAAAAAGCCGCUAUACAAUCUGUUUUAAACAACAAGAUAAGCGUUGUGCUUGGACCGCCUGGUACUGGUAAGACUUCUGCUAUUUACGAAACUAUAAUUCAACUUUUAGAAUCACUUAAUACGUAUCCAAUAUUAGUAGUAGCUGCAUCGAAUAUUGCCAUUGACAAUAUUGCAGAGAAGUUGCUACCCAAGCACAAAAAGCUGAUUUUGAGAAUUACUGCUUCUGAGAAGGAAAAAGAGUACAAUAAAGCACAUCCUCUCUUUGAUAUUUGCCUUCAUCAAAAAGUGUAUGAUGCCAUGCCUUUGAGGUUUCAACAAAUGCAAGAUGAUUUGAGAAGGGGAACUGGUGCUAUUAGUGCAAAUGGCUAUAAGAAGUAUUUGCAAGAGAAAUACCAAAUCACAAAGCAGCAAGUUGCUCAAGCCAAAGUCAUUUUAACAACAACUGUUGCUACUGGUGGCUUUCAAUUGAAAUCCUUGGUCAAAUGUCCAGUUGUGAUAAUGGAUGAGGCUACACAAUCAUCAGAGCCAAGUACCUUGAUCCCCUUGGCUGUUCCUGGAGUCGAGAAAUUUGUGUUUGUUGGUGAUCAAAAACAAUUGAGUUGUUUUUCUUUGAUUCCAUCCUUGUCAACUUCUUUAUUUGAAAGGGUACUAUUGAAUGGCGCAUACAAGGCGCCGUAUAUGUUGAACACUCAAUAUCGUAUGCAUCCCGCCAUUAGUGAAUUUCCCCGAAACAGAUUUUACAAUAGUAAAUUGAAAGAUGGUAUCAAUGAGAAGGAUCGAGAAAUGAAAGGAAUUCCAUCCAAUCCUGUUUAUUUCUGGGACACAAAGGGUAAAGCAAGAGAACAAUCGGUUCGAAAUUAUCUUCGUGAAGAUAGAGGAUAUACUUAUUCUAACAGAGAUGAGAUUACGUAUAUACAGCAAAUUUUGAGAAUACUCAUUCUUGAAAAGGGGAUAAAAAGAGAGGAUAUAGGUGUUAUUACUCCAUACUCGGGACAACGAGAUCUAAUCUCUUCAGUUUUGAUUGAUGAUGAGAUUAUCAAUCCGAAUAAAGAGGAACUACGAAUGGAAAUUGAUAUCGAUGAUAUUAGAAACGACUCUAAGCCAGUCAAUAUUCACAUCGUUUCAGGUAUAUUGAUUGCAUCAAUUGAUGCCUUUCAAGGCAGAGAAAAAGACUUUAUGAUUAUGUCUUGUGUGAGAUCGAAUCCUCAAGGAGUGAUUGGGUUUCUUAGAGAUGAAAGAAGAUUAAAUGUAGCCUUGACCAGAGCCAGAUAUGGUUUAAUCAUGGUUGGUGAUGUCAAAUGUUUGAAAAGAGGAGAUAAAUUGUGGAGGGAAUACAUGGAGUAUUUGGAGGGUAAAAAAUUAAUUCAUAAUGGUGAUACGUUUGAGUAUUUAUAG